GUGGGGCUUUAUUGUCUUACUCACUCUGCCCUCUAGUGGUCAACAGAGACUUGGAGCGCAGAGAACUGAUUCUGUAACAUCGUCCGUUUCAAUGAUUCAGUCUGGCAGCUCUGCUCUCCGAACAUGAACAUGUUUGGUUUCAGCUCUCCUGCCUGUCGUGUGACAUCAUGGACCGUCUUGUGGUCCUCUCUCCGAGCCAGACACACUCCAGACAUACUACAUCACAUGCCAAGAGCAUACUGCUGCUCCUCACCUCUACUACUCCCACAAAGGUAUCAGGUACAUUUCAGUAGACACUCUUCUGAGCACUCCCUCUUGCGCUGCAAUAGAUCACCUCUAUUCAAUCAGCAACAAGCCUCUUUUUCUCAAGGCUCCACCCAACCUCCAAAGCCUGGCUUAUCGGCAAAGAUAAAGCUAAGAACCCGGCUGGCCGUGACUCUGCUGUUUGGUGGUGGGAUCAUCGGCACCUGGUGGUAUGUGCAUCAGGAAAAGCAGCAGAAGCUGCAGAUGCAGCGGUUGGAGCAGUUGAGGAAGGUGGCCGUGGGUCAGGGAGACUUCUCUUUGCUGGACCACACAGGGCAGCGCAGGACCAAAAAAGAUUUUAGGGGCAAAUGGGUGCUCAUGUACUUCGGCUUCACACACUGCCCUGAUAUCUGCCCUGACGAACUGGAGAAGAUGACCAGUGUGGUGAAUCUGCUAGACAAAGAGGCUGACUUUCCCCGCGUCCAGCCGCUGUUCAUUACUGUAGACCCUGAAAGGGAUGACGUGGCCGCCAUGGCAAAGUAUGUCAAAGACUUUCACCCACGACUGAUUGGACUGACAGGCACACCUGAGGAGGUGAAGGAGGCUGGCCAGGCAUACAGGGUUUACGCCAGUGCUGGACCCAAGGAUGAUGACGGGGACUACAUUGUGGACCACACCAUCCUCAUAUACCUCAUUAACCCAGAUGGACUGUUCCUGGACUAUUACAACCGAAUGAAAGAUGCCACACAGAUUGCAGAAAGUAUUCGUAACCACAUGAAGAAUCACGUUAAGUUAUUCCCUGACCAGACUUAAGUCUGAUGCUGGGAGAUUUGAUUGUGUCUGAACAAAAUAAAGUGUGCCUGCAUCCACUGAAAAG